AACGUUAUAAUUACUAAUCUAACUCCAUGGAUCAUUCUUUGGAUGGACGUUCCAUUUUUAUCACUGUUUUUUUUAACUGAUACCCUCCAUAAAACUGUGAUUUAUAAGUGUGCAUGAACAAUUCAGUUAGAGAUUCAUAUUUUGGGUAAUCUCCUCCACACCUUCAGCAGAACCGUUAGCGCUGACUGGAUAUAAGAUCACUGGAACGUUGACGUUCUGAUCCAGAAUGAACAUGUUCACUGUAUCCUUGAUGCUCAGUGACGGAGUUCCAGAAUCUGUAGUGAGCCUGUACAUAAAACUGUGUUUUAUAAGUGUGUAUGAACAACUCAGUGGGAGAAGUUAAGGAACACAAUUCUGUUUCUACUCUUUAGGUCAUUUUACAGAUCCAUUUCAGAUUCAUUCCACUGCAUGCUUUUGCAUUAUGAAUCUAUCUGAAAAAACAUUAAAUAUAUUUGCAUUCAAAAGUAGGCUAUGCAAAUUAUUCUGAAAACACUGGCCUUUACUCAAAACAGGUAAUUCAUGAGACUCAUGAAAACAAGGCACUUGUGUUAGGUCACUAUAAUGUAAGUCACAAUAAAUUACCAAAAUUUUAGUGUAGCUGUGAAAUGCUUGUAUUUUUGCUUGUGUUUUCUCAUUUGUAAGUCGCGUUUGGAUAAAAGCAUCUGCUAAAUGAAUAAAUGUAAAAUGUAAAUGUAAAUGUUAUACAUGGGUAUGUAUGAUUAGAACUUUUCCCUGUAAAAGGUAUGUCUCUCAGUACAGAACAGCUAUGGAAUCGAUUUAUCAAUAGACGGGCCACAUAAUUGUAGAAGUGUAUCCAUUCUUUACUGUAAGUUUGGUGGAGCUUGAAAUGUUAAUCUUUGUAUUUCCUUUUAUUAAUAGUUUAUCAUACACCUCAAGUGUGUGUCAGAUUAUUACUGCAGACGAUUUACACGCUGUUAAGCUUUUAAGGAAACUUUGGAUUUCAUUUGAGCUAUUUUGGGUACUCUGUGUUAUUAUUUCCAUUGUUGCACCAGAUGAUGUCAGUGUUACAUUGCAAUGAAGAGUAAAUCUUUUGCCCUGCCUAGUCUUGUACGUUGUGCCUGAACUGUCUCGUUUAGAACAGGCUCGUUCGACGAGCACAAGAGGAAACACGACAUUUAAACAAAAAGGACAUUUUUGCAAUGGUAUAAGGUGUGAUCUAUAACGGGUCUGUAGAUUUGGUAAUUAAACAAAGCGGACGCAGAGCGUAAACGAGCCUUUCAUGAUGGGAGAUGGAGUACAAAGCCGGAGAUGGACGUAUUUGUGGAUUGCCUCUUUGUUGCUUUGCUUCACGGACCAGAUUUCGCCUCAGAUAAGGUACUCUGUUCCAGAGGAGGUGAAAGAGGGAACCAUUGUAGGAAAUCUUGCUAAGGAUUUAAGCCUUGAUGUGAGUUCUUUGGUGAACAGACGGCUCCGUAUCGUUUCCGGACCCAAACAAGCACUUUUUCAAGCUAAUCAGGACAAUGGCGUCUUGUACGUUCAAACUAAAAUCGACAGGGAGGAGGUAUGUGAGGAUAAUAGCGCCUGCUUGAUAAAUCUGAAAAUUGCUGUUGAAGCCCCUUUAGAAAUCCACCAUGUUGUCGUCGAAAUAACAGAUAUCAACGAUAAUGUCCCCAGUUUUUCUCAAACGCAUCAGCAUUUUGAGAUAGCUGAGCAUACCCCUGUAGGAACAAGCUUCCAGUUGCACGCAGCACGUGACCAGGACACGGCACCAAAUUCGGUUCGCAAUUAUAAAUUAGGCCAGAAUGCUAAUUUUGAAAUCGAUACUAAAAAUAGCGACGGAGAAAAAAUUCCAUUCUUAGUUAUACGGAAGCCACUUGAUCGUGAACAAACAGAGGAUUAUCGGUUGGUUGUUACAGCAGAAGAUGGGGGAAAUCCCCCGAAAACAGGUACCCUGAACAUUAACGUUAAAGUACUUGACACAAAUGAUAAUCGUCCUGUGUUCAGUCAAAACGAGUAUUCCGUGACAUUACAAGAAAAUGCUCCAGUUGGCACCGUUGUGAUUACAGUAAAUGCAACUGACAGUGACCAGGGCUCCAACGGUAAUAUUGAAUACGCAUUCGUCAAAACAAUGAAGCGCAAAGUCUAUGACAUUUUUCAAUUAGAUGGCAUUACAGGAGAAAUACUAGUUAAAGGUGAAGUUGACUUUGAGGACAUGGAGGUUUACAAGUUAGAUAUACAGGCCUCGGAUAAAGGACAGCCUCCUCUCACAGUGGAGAGCAGAGUAAUAAUUAAGAUUUUAGAUAUUAAUGAUAAUAAACCGGAGAUUGAAGUGACGUCUCUGUCAAAUGUUGUUGCUGAAGACUCCAGUAUUGGCACUAUUAUUUCUUUCAUCAGCGUUUCUGACAAAGACUCCGAACUUAACGGAAAAGUUGUAUGCACUCUAGCAGGAAGUGUCCCUUUUGAACUCAAACCAUCCGUUCAAGAGAAUAUGUACUCAUUAGUAACGAAGCAAAACUUAGAUCGUGAGAUGGUAGCAAAUUAUGACAUCAUUAUAACAGCCACUGAUUUAGGCCAGCCUCCAUUAUCCACUAUUAAAACUUUAUCCCUGCUGGUAUCAGAUGUAAACGAUAACAGACCGCAGUUUUAUCAACAUUCUCUUGAACUGUACUUGCUAGAAAAUAAUACCCCUGGUACGUCAAUUUUUCAAGUGAGCGCUUUUGAUGACGACUCUGAUGAAAACGCGGUGCUAUCAUAUCACAUUAUUAGAAAUGGUGGAGCACAAAAUGAUUUGACAUCAUUCCUAAAUAUCAAUUCUGAAACUGGAGUUAUUCACGCGCUCAAAAGUUUUGAUUUUGAGAUUACCAAAAUGUUCCAGUUUCACGUGCUCGCUACAGAUUCUGGAACUCCGUCACUAAGCAGCAACGUCACAGUGAAUGUGUUCAUUCUGGAUAAGAACGACAACGUUCCAGUGAUCUUAUAUCCAGUCAGCGCUAACGGUUCUGCUGAAGGUGUGGAGGAGAUUCCACGAAAUGUCAACGCAGGACAUUUGGUGACUAAAGUGAGAGCCUAUGACGCGGAUAUAGGAUACAACGGCUGGUUAUUAUUUUCACUGCAGGAAGUGAGUGACCACAGUCUCUUUGCUUUGGACCGUUAUACAGGACAGAUAAGGACCCUUCGCCCAUUCACAGAAACAGAUGAGCCUGAACAUAAACUGGUCAUAUUGGUCAAAGACAAUGGAAAUGUUUCACUUUCAGCAACAGCGACUGUGAUCAUUAAACUUGUUGAGCCCAAAGAGGCUUUUGCUGCAUCCGAUGUUAAAAACUCAGUAAAAGAAGAGAAAGAAAAUGACGUUGCAUUUUAUUUGAUCAUUACCUUGGGCUCGGUUUCAUUUCUUUUCAUUAUCAGUAUUAUUGUACUGAUUGUAAUGCAGUGCUCCAAAUCUACAGACUAUUCCUCCAAAUAUUUACAAGAUACAAAUUACGACGGGACACUGUGUCACAGCAUCCAGUACAGAUCUGGAGAUAAACGCUACAUGUUAGUAGGACCCAGAACGAGUAUCGGUUCUACUCUAGUUCCAGGCAGUAAUGCGAAUACUCUAGUGAUACAAGACCACAGGAGGAGAACUUCUGUUGAGGUAUGGGUAUGUCUCUAA